AUGGCGGGAAUUCGCAUUGGAAUCGAAGACUCGAAAGUCGCAGAGCUGAAACAAAGUGCUGGACAAACCAAGUACUGGAAUCGGGCGUCUCCGUCGUGUUCGCCGCGGAGAGGCGGCCCUACUAAUGUCACAUGCGUGGCGGCGAUGCCAGUCCGGAAUCCGUGGGGGGAAGUGGUGGCCGUCGCCCAGGCCGUCAAAAAAGACGGCGGCUUCAAUCCGGAAGACUUGCAGCUGGUGGAGACGUACCUGCAAUUCGUAGGCAUCGCGUUAACGAAUGCGCUCGUGUUGGAGGCUUCCAAGAAGGAAUACGACCGGAAUAAGGCGAGUACUGUUUGUUGUUUGGUGUUGUUUUUGCUGGUGGAGACUUACCUGCAAUUCGUAGGCAUCGCGUUAACGAAUGCGCUCGUGUUGGAGGCUUCCAAGAAGGAAUACGACCGGAAUAAGGCGAGUACUGUACUGUUUGUUGUUUGGUGUUGUUUUUGGUGGUGUCGAGACGGGAUCAAUUUCAUUGCUUUAUCGGAAUAUAGUCCCCUCGGUACGCGAGAUGAGCCUGUCGUGCUCAGACUGAAGGUCGGGAGGGUCAUUCGGAAAGUUUCCGAUGGCAUCUUUUUUUUGGGAUAA